CAAACAACCACAAUCCUCAGUAAACAUCAUAUUCCGCUCCCUACAAGCAAGAUUACCUCUACGUAAUCACUACUACCAUCCCACAACUCAAAAUGCGCGGCCUAUCCACCUUCCGUCCACUCUUCCGCGCCCCGGCCACCUCGCUCCCUACGCGCAACUUCAGCACCACCCGCCCCAAUGCGCUCGCACGUAUCAACAUUGUCGGUAACCUCGGAAGCCCGCCAGAGUUGCGCGCCACUUCGUCAGGCCGCGAGCUAGUGACCUACUCUAUAGCAACCAGUUACGGACCCAAGGAGGAUCGCCAGACAAGCUGGUGGCGUAUCACAAGCUUCGCGCCCGAUGGGCCCAGCAGAGAUCAUUUACUCAACCUGCCAAAGGGCACCCUCCUAUACGUAGAAGGCGACGCCAGCAUGCGCUCAUACGAGGACGCAGAAGGGAAGAAGAAUUCUGCCCUCAAUAUCACCCAACGACACUACGAGGUUCUUAAGCGCGGAUUCAGCGAGUAAAGUAGACGAAAGUGAAUGGGUUAUCCGCGUUGUUUGAUUAAGUGUUCGGUUAAUUUUUAUUCUGGGCGAAUGUGGAUGGGAGCUUAGAACGGGCCUUUUUGCCCACUUGACUACUAUCAAUUAUGCAAAUGGUAUGCAUGAUAUACGCGUACUGUUUUAUGGGCGGCGGUAUAUGAGCUUUUGAUGCAUAUACAGAUAUUUUUUCCCUCUGCAGCUCUCCUCGAACUCUUAUCUUGUAUAUUAUUUCUAUGCGGGAGAACUUAAGGGGGGGUUUGGCAAAGCGGGUAGGUAACAUAGGGAGCGACACCACCUAAGAUCAUUUUGCCCGUUGCUUAAUUCUUUUUAAUCAAUGAUGUUUGUAUGAGUAGGCUGCUUCUUCCAUUCCAACUCUUCAGAUUAAGUCUCUUCGUCAGCGGCUAUCUACAAUUUCUUGUCGAGCAGGCGUUGCCCUAGGCUUCACAGGUAUAGAUAUACUACGAAAACUAACGAAGAUAAAGCAGAAAAGCAAACGGAGAGCAUCGGGGUUUCCAUGAGAUUGAAUAUUUCUUGUUUGACGCUCCACAUAUACUCUAAGGCAAAUCAGAGACAAAACUAGGGCCUACAGAAUCAUGCCAAAAGGACGGGGAACACGAUGGGAAUAGAAAUGAACGUGGACGUAGCAAGGUGGAGGAAAUACUGAGGCCGGCGAAAAAUGAGUUUAAAAGGAAUUUGGUGUAGGUUACCCUCUGGGCGGGUGAAUCCAUGUCAGGUGUAAAAUUCCGACUCCCGUCCCGUGAAUGAUCCACAUCCUCCAUGGAAAGGACCAAACAAUGCACGCCGGCCGCCUCUCCAGUUUUCCGCUGACAUUUGAGGAAAACGAAUUAAAUCCAGAAGAGCAGCUCAGGGGAGAGAGACAAAAGAAACUCGCCGAAUGCAAUUUACAUAAAGAAAUAUGGUAAAACAAGGAUUCAUGUGCAGUGCUUGUGUCUCGGCAAGCACAAGGGUUGGAAUAAAAGGGAUUCCGCAAAUAUGUAACUACAGAUUGAGAAUCAGGGGGAGGGAUGUGCGAUAUGGAAAAGGAGAGACUAUACCAAACAAAUAUACAAAAGAAAAUAUCAAUAACCCGAUCAACUAUCGCUUAACAGACUGAUUACACCACCGAAAACCUUGAGAGGUACUUAGACUUCUCUAAACUUCGGCAUUUUUUCAUGGAUCCUAGUAUCGUUGUCGAAAUCCAUUUCUGACACUGGGGCAAUACUUAUGACACGGCUAUUCGAAUUGGGAGGGUAGGGUGCUGGCGGUAGCGGCUUAUUUAUUAUAUCCAGGCUGGCGAAAUGGUGGUCAUUCUCGUUAAUCGCUGUGGCGUUUGUGGAUUCAGAAUUCGACCGUACAGUCCUGCAAAAG